AUGAACGUUAAUCCAUUAUUUGAUCAUGAAUCUUCCUCUUCGUCAGCAUAUAAACAAAAUUCAGAUUCACCUCAUCAUAUUCCUCUUCUCAUCAAAAUGAUUCCGAAUCGGCAAAUGUCACAACUAGAAGAUGAUCAUCACAACAAUUAUAAACCUAGCAAUCAUAGCUGCAAUGUGAAGAAACAAAUUCAGAGGCUAUCGAAAGAUGAAGGCGUUGUGGUGACAACCUACGAAGGCAUGCAUUCUCAUCCAAUCGAGAAAUCGACUGACAAUUUUGAGCACAUUCUUAGUCAGAUGCAAAUAUACACCUCCUUCUAA